AAGAAAGGAGACACACUGAAAGGAUUGGAUUGAGUGCACGAUGUGGCACGAAGUUCAAGUUACUGCUAGUGGACGGUCCAUCUGCCAGAUCCUCAGCCUCCCCCGGAUCCCCUCUCACGCAGCGUCAGUCGAGUACGUAGUAACAUCACUUUCACAUAAUGUCAAGCGAUACGAUCACAGUUUUGGGAAAACUCUUGUACCCCGUUGACGGAAGAUACAUCGAUGAUGCGGACAAAGACGAGCUAGAGAGUUGGACAGAGCUUGAACGGGAAAAUGAACUCGCUAGCCGGCACGAGGUGCUGCUUAAGGAAUGGCAAGGUCUCUGUCUCCGCGCAGUGAACCUUCGGAAGCAGUCUGCCUCGACUACAGGCCAUACAACUUCAACUCGGGCUACACAGGACCCUCUCCGUAGCACCAUAGGCCUAGACGGAGCGUUCCGUUCCCUGGAGGAGAGACUUGCACGGAUCGAGGAAAUUCAUGGACGAAUCAUGGGGCUCGUGAAGGCCGACUUAACAUCCAGAAAUUCACGGAAGGUGAAUGGCUCCAGCAGAACAUCUCUGGGCGAGGUUCUCUCCUUGAUGCAGGCUUUUUAUGCAUCCCUUAGAGAAGUGAAACAGGAGAUCCUGGAAGUCCGACAAGCCGGCACGAGCCGCAUGCUUAGGGAUCAAGAACAAUCUCCAGAAGCGCCGCCAGCUCUCCCUACAAGCGACUCUGAUACGGCGAACCCAGAAUACCAGAUUGGGACACGACUCGCUCCCAAAAUUGGGUCUAGGGCACCAGUGCAUCCCGCACCAUUAGAACAUCAGGGUAUCAAGUAUCGAUGGGACCCUGCCGGAGAGGGCUUUCAGGUCCUGGUCCUUCUGCCGACUUUGGAGCAAUAUGCCGACUUAAAGAACCAAAUCAAGCCAGGCAGGCCCGCACUAUUUUCCUGCGCUGAUGCACUUGGUGCUAAAGAACACGGCGUCUUUAAAAUCGUGGCACCCAGCCAGUUUCAGCUCGCGCUCCCAGACCCAACGCCCAGGUCGUUCAGACGCAAACAGAAAUGCAGCAGGUACCAUGUCCAAGCCUUAGGGGAUGGGUACUGGAGAACCGAUCCAUACCAAUCGACAGCUGUCUUCGACCGCUCUUCCAACAAACGGAUAGAGGAUCUGAGACCGCUUUUAGGUAGUCAAAGAGUCCUUCCGGAUGUCUUCUAUCUAACUGAUUGUCCGGCUGGUACGGAGCGAGAACGGGAAGCUGCAGGGCUUCCUUGUCAGAGCCCGAUCGAGACAAUCCGGGGCAAUCAGCUUCACCGGACAGCGCACGCAAUUCUUGGAAUCCAUACCAUUACCAAGUACGAAGGGUCAGCCGGGGCGCCCUUUGCCUGGCACAUCGACGAUUGCCGCACCGACGCGAUCAAUUACCUCUACUAUGGGAGUAAGGAGUGGAGUGUUAUUCCUCCAGCUGAUCAGGAAGCUGCAGAGAAAGAGUUCCGAAGGCUUGUGUUGUCGACUAAGGCAUCGGAUGCACACUGCCAUCAGUUCAUGAGACAUGACGCUGUGUUCGGGAUUGGGCGUGGAAUAGAGAGGAACGUUGCAGUCAGAUCCUUUGCCCAAAACGCAGGCGAGUUGGUGUUCAUUUACGGGAACGCUUACCAUUCCGGCUACAGCAAGACAUAUACGGUUGCUGAAGCGCGAAACUAUGCUGGUGACGGAUGGAACGUUGAAGGAUACCGAUUCUGUACAACCAGGUGUUGCGACAGUCCGAUUACGUACGAGCAUAUGCGCUUCGCGAGAAAUGAAGCUGGGCAGGGAUGUAACGGAGACCACGGCGGUUCUACGGAAGGGGAGGACGUGGAUGCUGAAGGAGAUGAAGAUUUGAACGUCGAAGAGCAGGAUGACGACGCUGAAGGAGACGACGAUACGGAUGCUGAAGAGGGGGACAAUGUGGAUGUUGAAGAAGACGAGGAUUUGAACGCCGAAGUGGAGGGUGCGGACGCUGAAGGGGAUGGGAGGGGCGACUGCAUGUGGGCUGGGGUCGACCGCAGGGAGCCACGAAGUAGGAGGGAGAAUCCAACAAGUCCUACGCCCAGUACUAGUAUACCUGCUAAAAAGCAACGGGUCGAACCCGACGCGACGACUCUUGCCAACGCUGUCUGUGGCAAACAGGCAUUCCGUCACCUCUGUUCUCUUAUCAGGGCAUGGAGAGCCAAACAGCGGCCGUUCUUUGAGUUGACAAGCAACGAAAGAGCAGAAGUACAGCUCGUCCGCGUCAUCGAAGGGCUAAGCUGUACAGGGAGUCUCCUGGAGUUCUUGUGCCGGCUUGCAAAAUCGGAGUUAGCCAAGAACAUGGACAGCAGGAAACCUCCGGAUUAUACAUACGCAAGGUCUACAGACGUAGACGCUAUCCUGAAGGACCUCGGAUGGGAGAAUACAGAGCGAAACAAGAGAAAACUACGGCAUUUCAUCAGCGAAGGUCGGCGUUGGAAUAUCGUUUGCCAGGACUUUGCUGUAUGUCUAAUCCCGCCAAACCGAGAUCAAUCAGAUUCGCGCAGUCCAAAGGGUGUGCAAUACCAGGACAGCGGACUUGACAUCGCGCUCUUCCGGAAGUCUCUUCAGACGGACGAGUUCAACCUCUCAAUCCGUCGGAUGGCGAACACCUUCCAGCGCGCGAUACUGGAGCAGAGAGACGUCCCCGAAUUCCUAUGGGAAAGCGAAGACGCACAAACGCUUGAGCGUCUUUCUCCGAAGCAGCUGCUACCACUUAUGGAAUGCCGGUCCUGACAUGUGGCCUUGGGAAUCCCACAACUGAUACCUUGUCCCGCCUGUAUACCAAGAUCUGGCCUCCCAAUCUGCCUCGAACUGAGGUAGAACAACCAGCCGGUCGGUUCUUCGCGCAGUGGCGGCUAAAGGCGUGUUGGCGUAAAGGCCAGAUGCUGGGGGAGCUCACCUGGCGAAUUUGUCACGUGCUAGGCUCCUACCACGACUGUUUCCUCCGACCCAAUCUCCACCGUGCGCACGACUCAAAUUGGGUGCUGUUCGUCGGACAUCUAGCAAGCCCAAUGCGGAUUGGUACCUCUUGCUGUUCAGGACAUA